CUACAGCUCAUAUGGGACUCCCUCAUUUCUUAUCCGACCCGACCCGGAUCUUUCUCUUGUCAAAAUAAAGCAGAGACCAAAAAAAAGAAAGAAAAAAACUCUAAUCAUCUGUAUUAAGCUCCGUUGCUCUUGCUCCGAUCAAGUGGUCACGGCGAAGUCUCUUUAAUGUCGAGUAAGUGGGGAAGUAGCUCGAGAGAUAGCUCAGCAAGUAGUUCAAGAAGCGAUGUUGAAAACUCUUUUUAUGCUGAGGAACUCUUGCAGAUUGGAACAAGAUGUAGGGAGCUACGUAGAGAAAAGGAGAUGCUGAGAGAUUCACAGUCAGAGAGUGUUGAACUCGUCAGAAGGUUGGAACUGAAUGCGAAUUCGUUGUCAGAGUCUCGUUUAGAAGAUAAGAGAAGAAUUCAGAUGAUGGAGAAAGAAUUGUUGAAUUGCUACCAGGAGAUUGAUUACUUGCGGGAUCAAGUAAAUCUCAGAGGUACAGAAGUGAGCUACCUGAGUGAAUGUGUGCUCGGUCUUGAAGUCAAAGUAACUGAAUCAGGGAAAUGGGAGGAAGAAGUUAACUAUUUGAGGGAGGAUUUGUGUACGUCGAAAUCUGAGCAACUAUUCUUGUUGCAAGAACUGGAGACCACAGAAACUGAGCUACAGUUGUCUUUGUUUUCUGUUGAGAAGAUGGAGGAGUCUAUCUCAUCCUUAACAUUAGAGUCUCAGUGUGAAAUAGAAAGCAUGAGACUUGAUAUAGUAGCCUUGGAGCAGGCACUCUUUGAUACUAAGAAAGUUCAAGGAGAAAGCAACCAAGAAAGGGAUAAAUUAAGAGAGAUAGUCAAGGAACUACGGUUGAAGUCUCGAGAGGCACAAGAGAAUGCUGAGUGCUUAGAGAAGCAAAACAAAGAGCUGAGGGAGAGAUGUGUAGCCUCUAAAAGGCAUUUAGAAGAAUUUUGUCAAAGGUUUAGAAAGCGAUUGGAAAGUGAUAGUGAAAUGCCUGUAAAUGCAGAGUAUUUCUUUGCUGAAUUGAACCACAUGCUUCCAUUACCUGAUGAAUCUCGAGAAUGUUUCCAUGAGAUCAUCAAGAAAUUAGAGUUAUUCCAGGAUGCAAAACUGAGAGAUAAAAUAAAGGAUAUGGCUAAACAGAUAUGUGGAUUCGAAGAUCUUGUAAGGGAGCUCAAGGAUGAGUUGAAAGAAGAGAAACUAAAGGGCAAGGAAGAAGCAGAGGACUUAACGCAAGAAAUGGCUGAAUUGAGAUAUAAAAUGACUUGUUUAUUGGAGGAAGAAUGCAAGCGGCGUGCAUGCAUCGAACAAGCAUCAUUACAAAGAAUAGCCAAAUUAGAGGCACAGAUCAAGAGAGAGAAGAACAAGUCUUGAACUUGCUUAGUACCUCUUUCUGCCGUAUAAAACAUCUAAGGUUCGAGUUAAACUUGGAAUCACAGGUAAUGCCAGAGAAGCCUUAAGCCAUAAGAAGAGUGAAACCGCUUCUUCAUGAGGCAUAUCUGUGUGUAAUUAAGGCUUGAGCAGCAUAUCAGAGAAAUUGAGAUGAAUCUCUAGAGAAUGUCGAAACUGUGGAACUGGUGAAAGCCAAUGGUCGUCGUUGACCAAAUAAGCUUCUAACUGUUGGACUCUAUUUGAUGGGCCUAUGAUGAGCGGAGUUCAAGAGGGCCGACUUGAUUUAAUGGCCCAUUAUUCACGCUUUAUUCUUCUUUUCAUAUUUUUCUUGUGAAACAAAAAUCUUGAAGAAUUGUAUGAAUGUCAUGUGUAUAUUGCAAAGUCUUGUAAAAUCUUUAAUGAUGAUGCAAAGGGAUUAAAAUGAAA